GGAUACGAUGCAACGUGACCUUGGGUGACCUUUUGGACUGAAAUUUUUCCACCUGUGAAUUAUUACAUCUUUGAGAUCUGAAGACGUUGAGACAUAAAAAUUUAUACAUGAGAUUUUUAUAUCCAUCUCUUUGCCCUGUUCUGGAGACAGGAGUGAUGAUAGUGUCUACUGUUGCAGGACUGGAUGUCUGGCCUGAUGGAGGAGGAGGAGGAUAAAGAGUAGAGGAAGAGGUGGACUUGGUGGUCAGGUUACUUGGUGCCCAAUGGUGUGAGAGAAGGCAGGGCUUUAAUGGAGGGAAGGUCCAGGAGGCUGAGAAUGUUUAAAAGGCACACAGACACCAAGACUGUCCAUUAGUGCUGUUCCUCAAGUUAGUCUCAUCACCUGUCUGUCUGUCUGUCUGUCUGUCUGUCUCUCUCUGUCUCUUGGCCUGUCUGUGUGUCUGUCUGGGCUUUUGGCUGCUAUGUUGGCUCGGGCGCUCCUGAAGACGUCGCUGUUGCUGUGGCUGGUGCAGAACAGCUUACAAGGAGGAAUCGGCCGUCCGACCGGAGGGCUGGGGAGACUGCCCCAGGGACGAGUAACGGGAGUUCUCGGGAACCGCGGCUAUGCAGGAGGAAAGCCUGGAAAAGCAGGAGCCGGCCGUUACCUUGGAGGACCAGGAUACGCCCCCAGAUCUGGACUGAAACCAGGAUACGGACCUGCUCUCGGAGCAUACGGUGGUGGUCUGGGAGCAGCAGGACUGGGACUCGGGAACGGCCUGGCAGUACGAGGAUACACUAAUGGCUACAGAUAUCAGCCAAGUUACGGUGCUGGUGGCUAUCCGACUGCUCCACGCGGCGCUGCAGGAAGGGGCACACCUACAGGAAGCGGCACUAAAGCCUCCAAACCGGGAUAUGGUGCAGGACAAGGGUCACCUGCUGGUCCAGGGUUUACCAACGGUAAUGGGGCUGGAGCAGGAUUGCCCAUUGUACAGAGGCAGAAAGUCAAUGGAUUUGGUCCAACACCUGGAGUACCGAAUGGACAUGGUGCUCUGAGUAACGGACGCAGUGUGAAGGGAGUUAAAGGAAAUGGUUACGGCCCACGGACAUUCUCUAAUGGAGUCUCUAAUGGAGUCUCUAAUGGAGGAGCUCCAUCCCUUGGAAACGGUGCCAAAGCCACUAAACAGGGAUACGGUCUCGGCCCCGGUGCGUAUCAUGGAGCAGGGCUGACCAACGGCUACGGAGCAGGUCUUGGCCUAGGCACAUACCCGCAAACGGGGCGAGUGGGCAAACAGACUGGCGUUGGCAAUGUAUAUGGCAUUAACGGAUAUGGUGAUGGCUAUGGAGCUGAGCUCGGCAAUGGUGCAGGGGUGGCUGACGGAGCCCACGCUGGGUUUGGAGCUGGAGGUUAUGGAGGUCCAGGACUAGGACUAACUGCUGGACUUGGUGCUGGACUUGGUGCCGGACUUGGUGCUGGACUUGGUGCUGGACUUGGUGCUGGAUAUACCUCUGAGGCCAAAACUGCAAAAUAUGGUGGCGCUGGUCCUGGUUCGGUGAUCGGCACUGCUGCAGGUCAGCCCGUGGUUUCUGCUGGUCUCGGCACUGCAGGCAAAGUAGGAGGUUACGGUGGAGCUUAUGAGGGACAACCAGGUGGUCUGGGAGCUGACACAGGCCUCGGUAAUGGUGGACUCUUGGAACCAGUUACUGAUGGAGGAGCUGGUCAGCUUCCCUACAUUGGAGCACCAGUCAUUCCGGCCGGACUGGACGGUGAUAAUGGCUAUCCGUAUGAAACGCAGCAGCUCAGUUUAGGAGGCAAUGGACGCAACGGAGGUUAUCCAGCUCUUGGGGCUGGAGGUCAAGGGCCGUACGGAGUCACAGGAAAAGAUGGCAAGUACCGUGCAGCUGGUUACUAUGGUAACGGCAUCAAGGGCUGAUUUCCGGGCCUCUGAGCAUCGCCCUGCAUCUGUUCCGGUGAGGGACGCCGCUCCACUUCCGGAUCCGUCCGAGUAGGACGUCGCCUCACUUCAUCCACGGGGAGUGUUGCAAUCCCAUAGUGGAGUAUCUUUCCUGCCCUCCCUCCCUCCCUCCUUCCUUCCUACUCUGGUCGUCAAGAUGUGGGUCCGGCCACAGUGCAUUUGGGGUUGUGCUCGACCCUUCAGCUCGGGCGUGGAGGUUGCUUGGACCUUGAGCUCGGCUGUGGAUGUCACUCGGCCCUCUCUGGCUGUGCCGCCGUGUGCCUUGCUCCCCCCACCUGUCUCGCCAUGUGCCUUGCUCCCCCCACCUGUCUUGCGUGUCCUUUGCUCCCCCCACCUGUCUCGUGUGCCUUGCUCCCCCCACCUGUCUCGUGUGCCUUGUUCCCCCCACCUGUCUCGUGUGCCUUGCUCCCCCCACCUGUCUCACCGCGUGCCUUGCUCCCCCCACCUGCCUCGCCAUGUGCCUUGCUCCCUCCACCUGUCUCGCCGUGUGCCUUGCUCCCCCCACCUGUCUCGCCAUAUGCCUUGCUCUCCCCAUCUGUCUCACCAUGUGCCUUGCUCGCCCCACCUGUCUCGUGUGCCUUGCUCCCCCCUGCCUCACUGUGUGCCUUGCUCCCCCCACCUGUCUCGUGUGCCUUGUUCCCCCACCUGUCUCAACGUGUGCCUUGCUCCUCCCAACUGUCUUGAGUGCCUUGCUCCCCCCACCUGCCUUGCCAUGUGCCUUGCUCCCCCCUCCUGUCUCGCCAUGUGCCUUGCUCCCCCCACUUGUUUCGCCGUGUGCCUUGCUCGCCCCACCUGUCUUGUGUGCCUUGCUCCCCCCACCUGUCUCACCAUGUGCCUUGCUCCCCCCACUGUCUCGCCAUGUGCUAUGCUUCCCCCACCUGCCUCGCCCUGUUCCUUGCUCCCCCAUCUACUUUGCCAUGUGCCUCACCCCCCCUUCUUGGACCUCGUCAGGACUGUCGUUAAGAUAAGGA